CAGGCGUUUCCGCCCAUCCUGCCAACGGUUCACUUCCUGUCUUGCUAUCAUUUAGAUACAGCAACAUACAUCUUUGUUUUACUGCAGCAGCUACUGGAAAUCAGACACAAAGGUGAAAAGGGAAAAGAAAGUCUGGCUGUUCUCAAGACAGUAGCAAUACAACAGAACUUCUAUGUAAUAAUACUCAUAUUUAGAUGCAAAUGACAGAGUCACUGAGCUGACUGUGAAGAAAUAACAUCAUGGGGAGCCUAUGGUCUGCACAUUGCUGUGCAAAAACGAAAGAAAACAGUUGUGAGCAAGACAACAUUUCCACUGCUGAGAAGAGUGAAGAAAGUUCACUCCUCCCUGUUGGACAGCAGAGGGGGGGAAACACAGUGAAGGAAACAAGGGAGGAGCCUGCAUGCACACAUGCUCAAGAAACUUCUGGGGAAAAUGACUGCAGUGAGAACAGCAAUGAUACUGCUGAACUCAGUGCCCUCAGUCCUUGUCUGUCUGCUUCAGCAGUAACAGAAAUGAAAGAUGCAGCCUUGGUGGAUCAGAACCGCACUAAGCUCAUUCAAAGCGUCACUUUGGUGAUGGCUAUAGCUGAUGAAUUGAGACAGCGGGGUAUGAUCCAUCCGGAGAUAUACAACAAAAUCAAAGCUGCUGGGACUAGCCAGGAUCAGAUGAGGGAGCUCUACAAUUCACUGACUACUAGAGAAGUCAAAUCUAACUUCUACAAAAUCCUCAAAGAAAUUGAGCCACAGACAUGUGAAACAGAAGAUGUCAUCAAGGAGGUCAUCAAAAAGAACAAAGAAUAUCUGAGGCAGAAGUGUCAGUGGGAGUUGGAAGGCACUGGGAAGUCUCGUAAGGAUGAAAAAUCAUUGGAUAAAAUUUACACAGAGCUUCACAUUAUACAAGGAGAGAGUGAACAUGUCAAUAAACAACAUGAGAUCUGGGAGAUUGAAGAUAAAGCGAGAAAUCAAACUGUUGAGGGUACAAAAAUCAACUCUAAUGACAUCUUUAAACAUGUGCAAGGCGACAAGGACAUGACAGCAAUUCGGACUGUGAUGACAAAGGGGAUCGCUGGCAUUGGAAAAACUGUCUCUGUGAAGAAGUUCAUCCUUGACUGGGCAGAUGGAAAAGCCAAUCAGGACUUGGACUUCAUCCUUAUGUUUCCAUUCAGGGAGCUAAAUUUGGUCCAAGAUGAUCAGAUUAGCUUUGAGAACCUUGUGAAAACAUUCCAUCCAGAACUUAAAACCAUAGCAGUUGCGAGAGCUUUGGCUGAUCGUAAAGUUUUGUUCAUCUUUGAUGGUCUCGAUGAAAGUCAACUUCAGCUGAAAUUCAAAACGACCACAAUACUGGAUGAUGCUACGAAGGUGUCCUCAGUGGACACUCUGGUGACCAACCUUAUCAGGAAACAUCUUCUUCCCUCUGCACUUGUUUGGAUUACCUCAAGACCAGGAGCAGUUCGACGCAUCCCUAUUAAGUAUGUCGACCAGUGGACCGAGGUCAGAGGAUUUGAUGAUCCACAAAAAAUAGAGUACUUCAGAAAGAGAGUUGAGGACAAAGCAGUCGCUGAAAAAAUAAUUGAACACAUAACAAUGUCACGGAGCCUGUACAUUAUGUGUCACAUACCUAUCUUCUGUUGGAUUGCUGUACAUGUUUUUGAGUAUUUGAUGCGUAAAAUGAGAAACACCAAAGAUGGAAACCAAAAAAUACCCACAACUCUUACUGGGAUGUACACACACUUCCUUCUUAUUCAGAUGAUGAUAGCUAAUGAAAAAUAUGGCAACCAGGAAGACCAGGAAGAGCCUGAUACAGCAGAGCUUUUUAAGUCAAAUGAAGAGUUCAUUUUGAAAUUAGGCAGGUUGGCCUUUGAGCAACUGGAAAAAGGCCAGAUCAUAUUCACUACUGAAGAUCUGAAGAAGUAUGACAUAGAUAUAACGAAAGCUGGAGUUUACUGCGGGUUGUGUACAGCAAUAUUCAAAGAAGAGAGCGUGUUCCUAACAAAGAAACUUUACUGCUUUGUGCAUCUGACAGUUCAAGAGUAUUUUGCUGCUCUCUUUGUAUAUCACAGUUUUGCAAACAAAAAAAUCGAUUCUGAAAGUCUCAAGGAUUUCAUGCUAAAAGGGUCUGAUGAAGAGCUCAAGUCUAUCUUGGAAACAGUUCCAGUGGAUCUACCUUUAAAUGAACUGAUUGAAAUUACAAUAGCUAAUUCGGCUCCUAGAACGACCGGAGAACUGGACAUGUUUCUCAGGUUCCUUAUUGGCUUGUCUCUACAAUCAACACAAGACCUGCUUCAAGGCCUGAUUCAACAGACUGAAGAACACUCUGCAAAUAUUGAGGAAAUUCGGUCAAGUCUUUUAGAUAUAGAUUUAUUGGAUUGCUCAGCUGAAAGAUGUCUAAACCUUGUCCACUGCCUGACUGAGUUGAAAGACAGUUCCCUACAUGAUUCAGUACGAAAGUAUCUGAAACCAAAUUGUUUUCCUGAAUCACCGCUCUCUCCUGUUGAGUGUUCAGCUCUGGCUGACUUGAUUCUGAUGUCAAACACGCCUCUGGAUGAAUUCAAUAUCAAGAAAUACAGACCAUCAGAAAGAGGUAUCUUUAGACUUCUUCCAGCUGUGAGAAACUGCAGGAAAGCAAGAAUUUCAGGCUUGGAUCUUUCUGUUUGGGAAUAUAAAACUAUCGUUUCAGCUCUUCGUAUGCCACAUUCUGUGCUGACUGAACUGCACCUGGUCAAUAAUACAUUUUACAGCAGAGAUGACGAAGGUGCAGAGAUAUUGAUUGAUGGACUGAGGAAUUGCCAGUGUAAACUGAAAACUCUUAGUCUUUCUGGUCACGGGCUUUCAGAAACACAGUGUGAAAAUCUAGCUUCAGCUAUCAAAUCAAUCAUCUCAAAUUUAAAAGAACUGGAGUUGAGUGACAACAUACUGAGGGACUCAUUACUCUCUGUGCUCUCCACUGGACUGGGCUGCACUAACCUGGAGAACCUCAGGUUGAACCGAAAUUGUAGGAUUGCAGAAAUCUGUGAGAAGUUAGUAACGGCAUUCACAUCCAGCACCUGUUACCUGAAAGAACUGGAACUAAGCUACACUGAUUUAAAAGACUCAGAAAUGGAGAGCCUCUCUGAUGGGCUGAAGAACACAAACUGUAGAUUGGAGGCAUUAAGUCUCAGUCACAACAAACUCACCGAGAAAGGCUGUGAGACACUGGCUUCUUUGCUCAGCUUCAGAGCUUCCCACCUGAAAGACCUGGACCUGAGUUAUAAUGACCUGCAGGAUUCAGGGGUAAUAGCACUGUGUAAUGCACUGACAAAACCACAGUGUGGAUUAAAAACACUAAGGCUGUCAUUUUGUAAAGUGACACAACGUGGAGGCUCCUCGUUGGUCUCAGCUCUUGACUCGAACUACUGCAGCCUCAAAGAUCUGGACCUCAGCUUUAAUAACCUCAGUGAAGAAGUAGUCAAGCUGCUAAAUCAAAAAAAGAGAGAUACAUGCUGCAGUCUGGAAAAUGUCAAUGUGGACCACAAUGAAGAAUGUUGGGUCGAUCUGAAGCUACUGAGACAGUAUGCCUGUGACCUAACACUUGAUCCCAACACAGCAGGUGUGAAUAUUAUUUUAACCAAGGAGAAAAAAAUGGCAGAAUGUGUUCAAGAGAAGCAACCAUAUCCUGAUCAUCCAGACAGAUUUAAUACCCUCCAGGUUCUCUGUGAAGAAGGUCUGACAAGUCGCCAUUACUGGGAGGUUGAGUGUUUACGGGCUGAUGUUGGAGUGGCAUAUAAAAGCAUUGACCGGGUGGGAGACUCUUCCUCUGAAUUUUCUUUUGGAAAAAAUGAAAAGUCUUGGUGCUGGAUGAAUGAUGGUGUUUUUAGUCAUAACAAUAACUUAACAUUUUUGAAAAGUACACCACUGUGGUGUACCAUAGGAAUGUAUCUGGACUGGCCGGCAGGUAUUUUGUCCUUCUUUAAAGUCUCUGCUGACACAGUUACUCAUCUCUACACCGUACACACAGCUUUCACUGAACCACUCCAUCCUAGUUUCUCUCUGGAUCAGUUGGGAUCAAUUUACCUUUGUAAACAAAGAAAAGAAGAAAAUUUUAGAUGAAAGGAAAGAAAGAUUAUUCAGGAAAUUUUUUUUUAUGAUAUCUCUUUAUAUUAUGUCGUGCUCAGCUGCAUAUAAUAAAGACACGGUUUCAUGUCCUGCAUGCCAUCAACAACACUAAAAAUGUGGGCUCACUUUUUAGCAGACUUCAGAAAUUUGCCAGACCAAAUGUGUGGGACUCUAACGACCUAUCAAAGACAGUUGUAUAUGUUUAUCCCAACUGUGUUGACUGUACAUUUUGUAAAAUGUUAAACAUGACUUUUAUUAUACAUUCAUUUGUAAUGUUUGAGUUGUGCUGUGUUGUAACAUUUUUUGAAAGGUGCUGUAUAAAUAAAUGUAUUAUCUUUCUUUAAAA